AUGUCUUUCGCUCGCUUCUUGAGAUAUUCUACGACCAUCGGCAUUGGUGGAUAUUCCGCCUACGUUCUGCAGCAGAACAACUGGGACGCCCGGAACAUUGGCAUCGUUCGCUUCGGCCGCGCUGCCUGGAUCGUCGGCCAGGUGUCGGUUGACUACAAGUUUUCCGUCUCCGAGUUGACGGAUGAUUCGGAGGAGACCUGCGAAAAGUGGUCGCAAUGCCACCUCCGCUCUGCGCAGCGUCUGCUGAAGCUGUGCUCCCAGAACGGCGGCGUCUUCAUCAAGGUGGGCCAGCACAUUGCCGCGCUGGACUACCUCGUGCCGAAGGAGUACGUGGACACACUGAAGGUGCUGCACAGCAGAGGCCCACGAACCGACCUGAUUGACAUUGAGAAGGUGAUCAAGGAGGAGACCGGCAAGGAGGUGAACCAGCUCUUUGACAACUUCGACCCGGAGCCGCUGGGCGCCGCAUCGCUGGCGCAGGUGCACAAGGCGACGCUGAAGACUACCGGGGAAACGGUGGCGGUGAAGGUGCAGCAUCCCAACGUCCUUCGCCACAGCGUCGUCGACAUGGCCACCAUGGAGUUCCUCUUCACCGUCGUCUCGAAGAUAUUUCCCAGUUUCAACUUUCUGUGGCUCGCCGCGGAGACCCGGCGAAACUUGCCUUUUGAGCUGGACUUUUACAAUGAGGGCAAAAACUCCGAGACGAUGGCGGGCAUUUUGGCUAAGUUUCCCUGGCUGAAGGUUCCCAAGAUCUACUGGAACCUCACCUCUAAGCGGACACUGGUCAUGGAGUACGCUGAAGGAAAUUUCGUCUCCGAUCGGGAGUACUUUAUCAAAGCGAAAAUCGACACUGCCGAACUGUGCAACCGAAUCGAGCAAAUGUACAGCGAGAUGAUUUUUCUCAGCGGCACCGUCCACUGUGACCCUCAUCCGGGCAACAUUCUGGUGAAGAAGAACGGCCGCGACUUUAACAUUGUCCUCCUCGACCAUGGCCUCCUCACGCGACUGACGGACGAAUUUCGCGAGACGUACUGCUGCAUGUGGAUGGCAGUGCUCAAUGGCAAUGAGCCGGAGAUCAUUCGAUGUGCGAAGAAGAUGGGCAUCGACCUGGGCAAGGAGCACUACGCACAGCUGCUCAGCUGCAUGAUCACCGCCAAGCCCUGGUCAGCGGUGAAGCGCGGCCUGGCGAAUGUGCCCGACGAGAAGACGAGAAACGCUGAGGUAGGAUAUGAUCACUUUUUAAUGCCACUCGAAACUGACCACGAAUUUCUGCCUGAAUUCUCACAGAAAGACGAACUGCGCAAGAACGCCUCUCGCUACUUUGGCGACAUCAGCAAGAUCCUCGCCACCGUCGACCGGCAGCUGCUGCUGCUGAUGAAGACGAAUGACCUCAUUCGGUCGAUCGCCUUCACACUGGGCAAUGAUGAACGCCGGUCGUUCCUCACCAUGACCAAAGCCUGCUACUCGAUGCUGCAGCAGAAGAAGGCCCGAGAGUCAGGCAACUCGCUGGUGAAGCUGGCCUUGCAGAUGCAGUCGCAGUGGUUCUUCUUCAAAAUUUGGGUCUACUCGCUGUACCUGUGGCUUACCUGGACCGGACCCAGUCGGAAGAUGGUCGCUUAG